UCUGUUCAUUAUCACAUGUGCCUCCUCUUUCCUGGCUCAACACCCAGCCUGGUUGCGGUCACGCACUCAGGUCUUAAUAGCGAGGAACUCUAUCUUUUUAGUCUACCUGCGGCUGCAGCUGCAUCUGCAGCUAUAAACUCGGCAUCCUCUGUGGGCACGACAUCGGCAGUUACUGGAGCCGAACCAGAACUCCUCCUUUCAGUACCACUACCUCCAGGGGGCUCAUCCUGCGGCCUCGAACUGACAUUUGCCUAUCAGACGAUUCAGACCGCAAACUCUUCUGGUAACCAGCCUGGCGUAUCGUUUCAACGCAUAUAUCUGCUUUCUCUGCGACUCUCGGAUGGAACAUUCUUCUCUUACCUUCUCCAGUUUUUAGCUCAACAACAACUGCGUCACCUCGAAACCAUAUUUGCAGCUGCACAGCCGUUGCUCUGUCCUGCUAUGCCAGUUCCAUUACUCACUCAAACCAAUUCGACCGAGUCAGCGCUAAAGAGCAAGUCUUUUGCCGGAACCACUGGGAGUGAGGGUCAGCAAUCGAGUUUUCUUACCCCAAUCUCUUCUGAGAAACCCAAUCAGGCCCGUCUUUUUACUCAAAAUCAACAAGAUCAAUUCCAGUCUUCACAGUCGACAUUAUUUCAACAGCAGCAGCAACAGACCACGAUGACUAGCUCAACAGCUUCUCUCUCUGAUGGAUUAGUUGCAACCACGGCUUCCACCUUCGAUUCAGCUGUGGGUGAGCAAACGUUGGAACCAUUUGAUUCUUAA